AUGGCGGACACGGAAAAGCGCGAGCAGUCGGCCGACUCUGGCAAUGCCAGCAACAGUCUAACUCAACAUCCCGCCGCCAGCCCUACGCACAAGGAAAAAGCCAGCGAAAAGAAGAAACCAAGCAGCAGCUUCAUGGACAAGUUUUCCUUGCCUGAAUGGACGAUUCGUGGCAAGCUCCUCGAGGGCAGACUGCUGAACAACUGUAUCGGCAUUAUUGCAUCAUGUGGCUUCCUAAUGUUCGGAUACGAUCAGGGCGUACUGAGUGCGCUCUUGACGCUGGAUGACUUCCAGAAGAACCUACCUCUCAUGACGCCACGCGAACAAGCCAACCCCAUCUGCUGGCUCGACGACGCCGCGACGAUCCCCAACCCCGACAUGUGUACCGGGUCCGCCAAUACACAGGCCGCUGGUGUGGCCAUCUACCAAAUCGGGUGCUUCCUUGGCGCGGUCUUGGUUUUCUUUUACGGUGAAUCUUGGGGCCGCAAGUCCUCGACAUUCUGGGGCAGUCUCAUUAUGAUUAUCGGCACCGCCAUGCAGGCUGCGUGCUUUGAGUACGGCCUCUUUGUCGCCGGUCGCAUUGUCGGCGGCAUUGGCAACGGCAUGGUGACUUCCACAAUCCCAACUUGGCAAUCCGAAUGCGCCCGCCCUCACAAGCGUGGCUUCCUCAUCAUGCUGUCUGGUGCCCUCAUCUCGGGCGGCAUCAUGAUUGCAUACUGGGUUGACUUUGGCUUCUACUUCCUGGAAGGCUCCAUUCGCUGGCGCUUCCCUAUUGCCUUCCAGAGCUUUUUUACUCUCAUCGUCAUGUGGGGUCUCAUGUAUCUACCCGAAUCGCCUCGCUGGCUGGCCAUGCACGGACGAAUGGACGAAGCCGCUGCAGUCACUGCGCGUCUGCUCGGUAAACCAGUCGAUCACGAAGAGACUCAGCAGGAGAUACAAAAUAUUGUUGAUGGCAUCGAGGCUCAAGGUGCGCAGGGAAAGUUCAGCAACAAAGAGCUUCUGACUGGCGGUCCGUCGCAGAAUCUACGCCGCACGCUCAUUGGUGUCGCGGCCCAAUUUGGCCAGCAGAUUUGCGGCAUCAAUCUCAUUACCUACUACGCCACGUUUUUGUUUGAGAACUCUCUCGGUUUCAGCUCUGAAAUGUCCCGACUGUUGGCCGCUGCCAACGGCACCGAGUACUUUUUGGCCUCGUUGGUUGCCCUGCCGCUGAUUGAGAGAACCGGUCGUCGUACCCUGAUGCUGUUUGGUGCUUUUGGCAUGAUGGCGUCUAUGGCCGUCCUUGCUGGCACCGUGUCUACCGGAACGACGCUUCCCAAUGGUGCACCCAAGCUCAACACCACAUACGGAGUGACCGCUACGGUGUUCCUCUUUGUCUUCAACACCUUCUUCGCCAUAGGCUGGCUUGGCAUGACUUGGCUGUACCCCGCCGAAAUCACGAACCUCCGCAUUCGCAUCCAGGCGAACGCGCUGUCUACCUGCUCCAACUGGCUGUCCAACUUCCUGAUUGUCAUGAUCACGCCACCGGCUUUUGCCAAUCUCGGGUACCAAACCUACAUCAUGUUUGCCGUCUUCAACGCCGCCAUUAUUCCCGUCGUAUACUUCUUCUUUCCUGAGCCCAAGGGCCGCAGCCUCGAGGAGCUCGAUGUCAUUUUUGCAAGCGCCUACGUGGACAAGGUAAACCCGGUGCAGCGCGCCAAGGAGAUGCGCCACAUUGAGGGCAGCGAGCUGGAGAGCGAGUUGGACAAGUACUUUGGGUCGCACAACACGCCCAAUCACGCAUGA